AUGCAGGAUGCCGAACUACUCGCUAGCUGGGGCAUCGACUACCUCAAGCUAGACGGAUGCAAUGUCUGGGCUGAGGACGGCAACUCACUCCGCGAGUACCGUGUCCGCUACAUGCAGUGGAACGAUGUGUUAAGCGCAAUGUCAAAUCCGCUUAUUUUCUCUAAUUCCGCGCCUGCAUAUUUCGAAGACGAGGUGCCAAACUGGGCGGUCAUUAUGAACUGGGUCCCAGAAUCUGGCGGGUUGGCGCGUCACUUGGCGGAUGUGAUUGUCUAUUCCAGCAAUGGUAGUGCCUGGGAUAGCAUUAUGUAUAACUACGACUUCCACGCGCGUCUAGUGCGCUACCAGCAACCGGGCUACCAUAACGACCCGGACUUUCUGAUCCCAGACCACCCGAGCCUCUCAAAAUCACGCUUUGCGCUAAUCUCAGCGCUUGCACCCCCUCCCUCUCGGACGAGGAAAUUGCAUUCCUUAGCAACAAGGCUCUCUCGCGAUGGCACCUUUGACGUCCUGUCCCACUCCCUGGAAAACGGAGACAGAAUACUUACCACGUUGAACCGUGGAGCCGAUGCGGCCACAACGACCGUCUCUCUCGCGCGCCUCGGCCUGUCGUCUCACUCUGGCCGCAAGUAUGAUGCACACGAUCCCGUCACAGACCAGGUCUCAACUAUUGACUCUGCUAUCGAGAUCCAGCUCGAUUCUCAUGUUGCCAAGGUUUACCGUAUUGCGCUGCCGAUAAGCUGUACUAAGACCACCCCUACCGGGAUGGUUUUAAAUACCCCGUCUGGUCUUUGUAUGACUGCUUCUACUGAUUCUGUGAUCUUUGAAAAAUGUAGUGCCUCAGAUUCCCAGGCCUGGUUUAUAUAUUUUGGCAUCCAGCGAAGGUUCGGCGUGGUCUGGCAUGUGGCAGCAACAGGCGAUGCCACUAAGCUAACUUUGAGCCCUCUGUCGGACGCGUCGGUUUGUCUUGCUGCUGGGGAUGGAGUCUCGCUUGCUAAGUGCCAGAGUGGUAUUGGUAUUACCUGGGAUAAUUACAUUUCGGGACAUUUGCGCAAUUCGUCUGGGAGUUGCUUGACUCAGAGCAAGAAUCAAGCCAGUAUCGAGGAGUGUGUGAUUGAUAGUGUUGGGCAGAUCUUUGGAUUGCCGAGUGGAGUCCAUCUGGCCAAUGGGAGGCUUAAACUAACCUUGAUACGGAUUAGCGUAAAACUUAUGUCCGAACCACGUGACUUGAUGUGGGUCUACCUUUUGUAUAUGAUGCACCUGGCCUUCAUCUAG